AUGAUUUCCGCUACCCUCACGUUUAUAAAAUCUCUACCUCUCUACGACGAAGAGAAACCAUAUUUCUUAAAAAUUCCGCACAAUGAAGCCUCGCAGGUUUUUCGUAAAACAAAUCUUGAGUAUUCGUCACGAGAUGGGAUUGCUAUCGAAGAUAUUCGGGAACAAGGCCUAGACGCGUUCUCUCUCGCGGAAAAUGGCUUCCAAGUCUUAACCUACCAGACCAAAUCUCCACUCGACCUUGUAAAAGGGGAUAUCAAACCUUACUGCCAUGAGAUUACCGAACUCAUUUCCAGGGAGUGCAAUGCGACACAUGUAGUCUGUUAUGACUAUCGGCUUCGGCGAAGUGACUUGGAGAUCACCGCUUAUGAAGAAAAUGAAGAAAGAGGCAGAAACAUAGCUGCACCACCUGUAUAUCCUGCUCACAUUGAUCAUACGGUAGAAGGAGGACCAAACCGAAUUCGAAGGCAUCUGACCAAGGAAGAAACUGAGAUGUAUAUGAACGACAAGUUUAGGGCUCGCAUUAUUAAUGUUUGGCGCACCAUAGACAAUCCAAUUGAGGAUUGUCCACUCGCCAUAUGUGACCCUCAGACUGUUGACACGAAGGACUUAAUGGCUACGGAUCGUGUCACUCCGGAUUUUGCGGUUGAAAUGUAUUACGUUCAAUUCAAUCCCGAUCAGCGCUGGUACUGGUUACGGAAUCAGACCACAUCUGAACUCCUUCUUUUCGUUAACUAUGAUUCUAUGUGCAAGACUGAGGGAUCCAAAUGGAUGACUUGCCCCCACGCGGCAUUCAAGAACCCCGAAGCUCGAAAGGACGCACCAUUGCGGAGCAGUAUUGAAGUCAGACUGAUUGUUUUCACUCCGAUUGACAAUUAA